AUGUCUGUGGGAAAGACCACGAAAGUAGAAGAGAGUUUUCAAAGGGUCCUGGGAUUUAAGAAGAUGGUCGACAGGUGGCAGAAUUCACACACCCACUGUAUGUGGCAGACGCCGCUGGGCCAGAGGAGAAACCUGUAUGCUGCCCUAAGGAUGCAGGACACCAGGGGACAGGAGUUGGCACUGGCCAACAAGCAGCUGCUGACGGCCCGUCGAGCGGCCCUGCACCAGCUGCUUGAACAGGAGCAUCAGCAGUACCAGCAGGAACUGAAUCUGACGGGCAGAGCAUUUUACGUGGAGAGACUCUGA